AAUACAAGAUCUUAUAAAGCCAACAAAGUUGAUACAAGAUGAUACGAUGAGUUUAAUUUGAAAUUCACAAGGGCAACCUCAUCUCUUCAACAGUGUGGUUCGCUAGCUAACUUGACCGCUGUGUAUCACACACUAGAGAAGUAGUUGUGGAGGAGCACAAUACUUUUCUUUACAUUUGUCUGCGUUAAAAGAGCGAGCCUGGCGCUUUAGUUUGACUCAAAAUGCACAACAAGUAGCUAACUUUAGCUAGCAUUAGCACCGCGGAACGACUGCUAGCCUUUUGAACUGCCUGUCACAGGUCUCAUCGCUCCGCUGUUAUGGACCUUUGCCGAACGAUAUUUGUGUUUUGGGAUUAUAAAAGGUCAUUUCUUUGUCAGUCGCUAGCUAUGGGAGCGAAGGGAAGCUAUGACAACUAGCCAGAUGUGGGUCAGGUCACCCUUAAACGGCUGAAGACCGGUUGUCGCCAUGCCGAGGGAAACCACGUCCCAGCCGCUGACAGUGGCUGUGCUGGCGGCGCUGUGGGUCAGUCUGGGUCGGUGCGAUGUGUCCGAGUCUCUGCGGCCAGUGUGUGACAAUGGAAAGCUCUAUUUAGGUAGAGACCUGCCAACGGAUGCUGUUUAUUUGAACUGUCCAGUGUCUCCCUGGCCAGAGUCCACUCAGAUACUUCCUAGUAUCGACACAGUGUAUGAUCCUGAGCCAGCUGGGCAGAUCUGCAUGGAUAGAUCUAUUUCCUACACCCAUACCAUUCCCAACAGUGGAGCAUACAGACCAGUAAGGGCAGAGAGUGGCGAGUACUUGUACUGUCCUCCUCAACGGUGGCUAAAUAACUUGCAUCAUGCAGCCACUGUUCUGCUCUACCAUCCCUGUGCUCCACUCCACGAGCGUCUGCUUCUGUCUGGCCUGGCACGUUCCUGCCUGCUGGACUACAUCAUUACACCACAUCUGCAGCUCAGUAACCACACGCCAAUAGCCUUGGUGUCCUGGGGACGCACCUUGGAGCUGUCCACUGUGGCCUCCUCAGACGUCUGUGAUUGGCUGGAGACCACAACAUCCUCAACAAAUAAGUUUGAUGCUGUGAGCCAGAGCAGGAAGUACAACCUGCUUUUAACGUGGUCAGCUGAGCAGCCAGAGGAACUCUCGGCAAAAAUGAAGGGGUCUGUGAGGCGAUGCUGUGAGCAGACCAUCUCUUCUCUGCUGAGUGAAGAGAUGGAGUCCAACAUGAAGAAGGAAGGCUUGGAACCGAUUAAAGGCAAAAGCAGGCAGAUAAGAGCUGCGCUAAGAGAAAAACGGGACAAAGUUGAGGAUGUGAACGAGAACAAAGGCACAUUAACAAAUGCUUCCACCAUAACCACUCCCAGCAGGACAGAUGAUGCCCAGAGUAACAACAGCAUACCUGGACCAGAAGACAGGAGUCUCUCAGAUCCUCCUGGCCCAAGGGAAAAUCCCUCCCAGUCUCACAUUCAGAAUAGAAAUCAGGACCAAACAACUCCCUUGGGAUUAAAUAUGUCUGAGACAAAACCGAACCCCUCACCCGGGUUAGAUGUUGCAGUUAGUGUGAGCAGUGAACAUGACCUCACUGCCAUUACGGAGGUCCUCAACUCCCAAGAUGAUGGUACAGACUCUGUUCAACCCCCCAUGGAAGAGAGAGACUCCAAAGAUAAACACUAUGAUAAAGACCACACAGCAGAUGGCAUGAUGAAGGAUAAUGAAGUAGUAGAUGUUAAAGAGAGAGAGCUUGAACACAAGCAAACAUUCAGUGACACACACUCUCACAAAGGUGAAAAGACCGCUUUUGAUUCUGUUUCAAAAUCCCAAUCGGAGUCUUCGCCCCAGCCAGCCAGUUACCUGCCCAGCAGCCAUGACUGUGAUGGCUGCAAAGAAGGCGAGCGCUGUGAAUGCAACAAGGACUCAGGAGCCGAGGCCCAAGCCUCUGCUGUUAAUAGUGGGUUGCCAAGGACCCCCAGGACAGACGAGGCGGUGUGGGCAGCAGCUGCACUGGGCUUCCUGCUGGUUCUCCUGACCCUGUCAGUGCUUCACACACGCCUGUAUCGCCACUGGAGGACCACGCCCAGUCUUUACUGGCACGACCCGCAGAUGGACUAUGACAGCGUGGCAGAUGUGAUCCGCAGGAGGCUACGAAUUGCGAAGAGGAGGCGGAAAAGGGGCCGAAGACAGGAGUGCGUUCUUCUGCCAAGCUCCUCCAGCUCAGACGAACAUCCGUAGAAAAAAAAACCAUCAUCUCCAAGAAAUCUCACUGCAUGUCGAGGAUGUGGGGAUCGGUCAAACAAAUUAGAUGUUGGUUGUGCUAAAUGGAUACAACUCAUUAUCAUGGCAGCGUUUGGGACCACCUUGUCAAGAAAGGCCGAGCAGAGGAAGGCAGAAAUACACCCGAAGUGACUUUUAAUAGCAACAGCCUGAACACAAAGGCAAAUGAUUUCUUAACAGAUACGUACGAACACUGCGGCAGACUAUCAGUCGUCCCAAGGAAAGUUACAAAAGAAGCCAGUGUGUUUUGAUGCAACCCUUGUAAGUCAUGUGGUUCCGAAUCAGCGCUUUGACCCCUCAAAACAUCCCUGUUAAUAUUACAUGAACGAGUCCAAAGAGAAGCCCUCGGGUUGGAUUUUAUGACCUGCAGAUUUCACACGACUUCUUCCAGUGUGUCAUCAUACUUUCCGACAGUGUAUACCCCUCAUUUUCCUCACUCCAUGUAUGACGUCUCCAGUUCUGGUCUACAUUUCUACCCCGGGAUUGUUUUUAUUGCAUUUCAUUCUGUUUUUUUCUCUGUAGUUUUAUAGUAGAGCUGUGUUGCUCCCCACCUGUGAAGGUUUAGCAUGUGAAUAUGUAAGUUGCUGUUCUAAGCAACGCUGUGUGCGGUACAUGUUGUCAUCCAACGGUACGUGCGUGAAUAGUUGUUGAUAGACAUUAGAGAAGUAUUCACAGACACAAUAAAUUCCUUGAAAGAGGUGUUGAUGGUGUCGACCGCUGACUUAAAGCCUGAGGCUGAUAUUAAUACUGGAGUGGAUAACAUACAGCCUUUUCUUUUUUAACAUACGCACUUUUUAUAUGGAUCCCCUAAAUGUGUUGUUUUAAAGAAUUGUGACAAUGUUAUGAGCUGUGCAGGACAUUUUGCAACAGACAAGUAAACUGACCAGUGCUCAGUGUAACCUCCACUUUAUCAGGCUACCUUUGACUCAAGCUUGAGAGGGAAACAUGAAACUAGCUUUUACAACCACUUGCACAGUAAAAAUGACGCUUUAUUUGUUUUAAAGACACAUUUAAUAUUCAUCCCUCAUAUUGCAACUAUAUACAUAUUUGUUAAUGGAUGUAAAAGCUACCACAAGCUGCAGCCACAAGGUUUUCUUAAGUUAAGUGAGGACUUAGUGUAGAACCAGCUCAACAAAGCAAAAUAAUUAUUUAUCUUAUAGGUUAGGAGUUCAAAAUAUAUUGCCACAUUCUAGGUAAUCUGCGAACUUCACAUUUAGGCAAAGGCAGCAAUAUAAGUCAAUGGCAUCAAAUAAUUCAAACCUUUAGUUCAAGUAUCUGAAGUUUUCAGUGUUUAUAACAUCACUGCUUUUGUUUUUCAGUCAUGUGACAAGACUGUAAUACCUCCAGCUGUUAUUCACCUUUAACCAGAAUCAACUAAAUAUGAGCUAUUCUUGUAGUAGCAUUUGGCCCUUGGUGGCGAAAGGUUUGGGCGCUCAGUCCCACCCAUUAAAGAGACGCAUCCAUACAGUAAGGAGACACUCGAUGAGGACACAGCCCCAUUUUGUUUUAACAUUUUAUUACAAAUGUACAGCUUAUGAGUUUCCAUUACCAUUGACCUUUUUAAGUCAUUGUUUUUCUCUACUUUAUACAGUUUGUAACGUCUUCUGUUAAAAGAUAACUCUCCCGUCACCCAUCUCCCAAAGUGUAGAGCUGUGAAGAAACACAGGGACAGCAACAGUUCAGGCCACAGUGCACUGCCAAUGGCUGACUAUCAGAAGUGUGUGUGUGUGUGUGUGUGUCUGUAUUUCACUGGCUGCAAAUUGAACGUUUGUACUUGUAGAAGGCUUGGUCCGACUUGUAAGUUGAGGGGCGUGUGUUGGAUGUUGGAGAGUAUGUGCUGAAUGAUGACGGUGUAGAAAGUGUGUUGGACAUGAAUCAACGGGAAGCGUUCAACAUUCAUACUAGAGGCACCCUACGUAGUGUCUACUAACUCGGGGAAGGACCGGUCCAUGUGCACGUUAGACCCUCCUCCACCCAUUUUGAGAUGACUGUAGUGCUAAGCCGAAGUGCGCUUCAGAGCUUUCCCAUCACCCGAUCCUGUAUCAACCGCUGCAUCUUGCACCUUAUGUACUUGAACUAAGACCUUUGGGAGAGCGCAGCACAUAAUGUAGAUCCUACUCCACCCAGCUGGUGUUUGAAAAUAGUGCAACUUAGACCACACUGUUGAGUAAUCGCCUACAUCAAACUGUUCGCCUCCUGUGGAUUCUGGUAGGAUCGUAAAUAUGUACAAUAUAACUACAUUAAGGGGUAAUACCACAGAGUGACCGUACUCACAAGACUUAAAACAUCUACAAGUACAUUGGUGUCAAGACCGGAGAGCUGAAUAAAGAUUUGGUGAACAGAUCCCGUAGCCUGAAGCCCACUUGGGCCAACAAAUAGACAUAAAUAUCCUGCAGACAUAACCCUAACAUUUAGCUUAAUAUAAAAUAUAGCAUGAAAAUAUAUGUUCAUAUAUAUGGCUCUAGUCUAAAACUUGGGCAAUCAUGAUUGAAGGGACAAGGCCCCGUGCGUGCGUGAGUGUGUGAGUGUGUGUGGAAGUAUUGCUGUUGUUCCAGUACAUCACUGUAACUCAGCCAAUCAAGCACGAGAUGAUGAUGAUGAAGCUGUCCGAAGGCCUUCGAUAGCGAAACAACGAUACAUUUCAUGAGUCUCCUGGACACAGAUCUGUUUUGACAGGGAACAGAGCAAACAAACCUCCGACCUCCCCGACAGAGAGACUGACGAACACUGACAAUCCGAGACCCCGAGUGACGGUUAAGGGGGUGACAGUGAAAAACAAAACAUGAAUAAAGCGGACAGAAGAGUGCUGAAGGUGGUCGAGCGUUAGUCCCUCAAAGUGUUUGGGGCUAAUUAAGGUCUAAAUGUUUCUUGCUAAAAGGCAGCAAUUCAAGACAACAAACAACAAGAAAAAAAAAAAGACUGAGAUGCAACUGCCGUGUGAAGGAUGAGGUCAAAGUUUCAGGCAAUUAAUUUAAUGUGCAGAGGCUUUCUGAUUAUAGAAGAGACCAAUGUUAAGUUCAAGCCACAAACACUGUGAGAAACCAGCCACAGAGUCGUUGAAGGAGGGUUAGAGGUGAACCUAAACUAGAAGAGGACGGUCCUCAUGGCAGCUAGGAAAGACUUCUUAGGUCCUAUCUGCAUUCCUUUUCUUACAGAUACAACCACAUUUGUUCGGCACAGUACAACAAGCUUUAUACCUACAGUAGGCUAAGUGCGCUAUCUUUUUU